CAUAAGUAAGCAAAAAGUGGGCCAUGAUUAUUUACCAUACUAUGUCAAACUUCUAGUAGAUACAGCAAACAUGUCGGAUUUCAGGUGGAUGUCAGAUCUCAUUGGAACGGGCGACCAUGAAAAUGGUCAAAGCUUUGAUUUUCGUAGGCAAAAAGAAUGGAUUGACUUGAUCGUUGAUGAGCUGGAAGAAAAUAUCAACAUAUUCUUUAGUCUCAUGGGUAUAGUUCAAACACGGCACGAAAUCAACAAUCUUGCCAGAUUGGAGCCCAUAGACUUAGUGGAGUAUUUGAGGGCAUUGAAAACAAAUUUGGCUUUUGAGCAAUACGAGAUUCCAGAUAAAUAUCUAAAUAUUUUGCUGGCUGUUCGUAGCCUACGUCGCAUGCAACCACCCAAGCAAGAACCUCUGAUUCCCUACAAACGUAAACGCACUCAAGAUGAAAACCUUCAAUGGAUCACCAAUAUUUUAGCCUGCAAAUCUAAAACUCGUAACUUGCGAGGCAAAAAUCAUUUAAUCCAAAGCGUCGUUGAAGAAACGAAACUUGAUAUUAUUGCAUUGACCGACCGUAGCUCUCGGGAGAUAGAAAAUAUCAUUGAAGAGUCACAACUGCAACUGAUUGAGCUGAAGCAUGCCGGAGAUUCAAAAUUUGCCGAUCUCCAGGAUCAAACGUCUAAAAAAGUUUUAGAUUUGGAAAGUAUAGGCGGGUAUCGCGAGCUGGUUCACGAACACGACCAGAAGCGACGAAAAAUCACCAAAUUGACCGUGCAGUUGCAGUUGUGGGUGAAGAAGUACGACAAAUUUGUUGGAGAACCAAUGAAAGAGCUGGAAGCGUUGGAAGAAGAAGUAAGUAAAUUUGAAGAGUGGAAGGAAACCGUGUACGAUCCGCAGGAGGAGAAAUACAACGAACUGCUAGCCAUUAUUGAUGCGUUCGAAACAGAACUGACCGAAGAGCAGGUUGCAGUAUUCAGGAUUGCGCACGCUGCUCGCAUUAUACAACGGGGAUGGCGAAGGGUUCUUGAGAAAAGAAGACGGAGGAAGCAGAGGAAGAAGAAACGCGGCGGAAUGAAGAAGAAGGGUGUAGCUGGAAAACAGGCAAAAACAAGAAAAAAAUAAAAUAAAUCAUGUUGAAAAAGGGAAAGCUUUAUUCGGAGUUUGCUUAGGGAGUUGAAGCAAUAACUUUGCUGUGCAUACCAUGUGUCUAUCUUAUUUUAAUUUUCUGUGAUUUUUUUUCCAACUCGCUUUUAACACUUAGGGGGAUUAUUCAUCUAACUAUGUUUAUCAAAUCAUGCGA